AACGAUAAUAUUAAAUUAAAAGUUAUGAAAUAUGUGAAUGAUCUUUGGCACUCAACGACCACCAAUCGACCACCCUCCAACGACUCUAAGGUAUGUAAAAAGGGAAAUGGCACCACCUACUCAUACGAAUUUGAUGCGCGAUUUACUACGAGCGGUACAAGAGUUGAGCAGGCAAAAUCAAGCACCUCCACAGCAGAAUGCACCGCAUUUUGCCCCUGGAGCUGUCUCAGUGGUUGAGCAGUUUCAUAGGUACAAGCCUUCCACUUUCGACGGUAAUUCUGAACCACUAGUUGUCGAAGAGUGGAUAAGAGGCCUGGAGCGCAUAUUUCGACACAUUGCUUGUACGGAUGCACAGAAAGUAUUAUGUGCAGAAUUUAUGUUGAUUGGAGCAGCUGGUCACUGGUGGGAAUCUGUUUCACGUACAAGGACGGAAGAGCAGCAACGUAAUCUGACUUGGGAGCAGUUUAAAGAUGAAGUGAUGGCAAAAUAUUUCCCACAGGCUUUGAGAGACUUCAAGGAAUCAGAAUUUUUGCAGCUCAGACAAGGGAGUAUGUCACUUACUGAUUAUGAAAGACAGUUUGAGCAGCUCUCAAGGUAUGCCCCGCACUUGGUGGAUACAGAAGUUAAGAAGAUUAGGAGGUUCGAGAAUGGACUGCGCCCUGAGAUCGGCAUGAUCAUUAUGUCCCAUCGUUUCACCUCAUAUCGUGAAAUGUUGGAGAGGGCUCAUGCUAUUUCAUAUCAGAGGACCUCAUUUGAACAGUAUGCCCAGCAGAGCAAGGAGUCAUCGGGAAAAAGAAAGUGGAAUGAUCCAAACAAGGACAGACGUAAUUGGCAGAGUAAAAGGCCAAACACAGGAGUUCGUAUUGGUGGAGCGAGUGGGAAUAUUACACCGUGUCCUAAGUGUAAUAAACUCCACAGGGGUGAAUUCUUACUCGGGAAGAACAUGUGUUUUCGAUGUGGUAAGCCAGGGCACAUUGCUUUCAACUGUACAGAGCCACCAAAAAGGAAAGAUGAUGAUCAGGACAAGAACAAGAAAGGAAAGGCCCGAGUUUUCGCACUAAAUCAGCAUGAGGCGGAGCAGGAUCCGAAUGUGAUAGCAGGUAUUCUGUUAUUAUCUAAUGUACCUGCUUAUGUACUUUUUGAUUCUGGGGCUACCAAUUCUUUUAUUUCUACAUCAUUCGUCGCUAAGUCCAACUUUGCAUGUGUAAGAACGAAUAAUGAAUUAGAGGUUAGCAUCCCUUCAGGAAGAACUCUUUGUACAAAUCUGAUGACUAAGGCUAUGAAGUUGGAGAUUGAUGGGAAAAUAUUACAAGCAGACUUAUACCUUUUGGAGAUGAAAGAUUUCGAUGUUAUUUUGGGCAUGGAUUGGUUGGGACUUAAUCAUGCGACCAUUCGAUGUCAUGAGAAAGAAGUAUUGUUUCACAAACCGGAAGAGGAAGAGUUUCGUUUCUUGGGAGCAAAGUUCAAGUCUUUACCGCGCCUAAUAUCAGCUAUGCAAGCAGAAAAGAUGUUAAGGAAGGAGUCAUGCCAGGGAUUCUUAGUUAACAUCAAUAGUUCUCAACAUACAGAAAUGACCGUUAACGAUAUUAACAUCGUCCGAGACUUUGCAGAUGCCCCGUACCGAAUGGCACCGAAAGAACUACAAGAAUUGAAGUUGCAAUUAGAGGAGUUACUGGAGAAAGGUUUCAUACGACCAAGUGUAUCUCCUUGGGGAGCACCUGUACUUUUUGUCAAGAAGAAGGAUGAGAGUAUGAGGAUGUGUAUUGACUAUCGGGAAUUGAACCAUCUGACCAUCAAAAAUAGGUACCCACUGCCAAGAAUAGAAGAUUUGUUUGACCAGUUAAGGGGUGCUGCAGUGUUUUCAAAGAUCGACUUGAGGUCAGGGUAUCACCAGCUAAAAAUCAGGGCAAGCGAUAUAUCGAAAACUGCUUUCAGGACUCGUUAUGGGCAUUAUGAAUUUACUGUCAUGCCUUUUGGUUUAACCAAUGCUCCAGCUGUAUUUAUGGAUCUCAUGAAUAGAGUAUUCCAUCAGCAUUUAGAUCAGUUCGUCAUUGUGUUUAUUGACGACAUACUUGUGUACUCAAAAGACGAGAAGCAACAUGAGGAACAACUUCGAAUUUGUGAAUUUUGGCUUGACCGUGUAGAUUUUCUUGGUCACGUGGUUACCGCCCAAGGAAUUGAAGUAGACCCCGCUAAAGUGGAAGCAGUAACAAAUUGGCCAAGGCCGAGUGGUGUGGGUGAAGUCCGCAGUUUCUUGGGAUUGGCUGGUUAUUAUAGAAGAUUCAUUGAAGGCUUCUCAAAAAUAGCAGGGCCAAUGACUCAGUUGACAAGAAAGGGUGCAAAGUUUCAGUGGACAGAAAAAUGUGAAAAAUGUUUUCAAGAACUCAAGCAGAGGCUAGUCUCAACUCCUGUAUUGACGAUACCUGAAGGUUCAGAGGAAUUUCAUGGAAAAGUGGUUGCUUAUGCCUCGAGACAGUUGAAGCAGUAUGAGCAAAACUAUCAACGCAUGAUUUGGAGCUUGCAGCAGUUGUUCACGCCUUAA